ACGCGUGCGUGAAUUGCAUGGCGCGUAAAUUUCAUAAACCAAAAUGGCAACUGCAAGGUUAUCGUCAAGUUAUUUAUCACUUUUAAAAUUAAGUAAACAAUUAAAUAGGAUCAAGUCUAUUUAUAUAAUUAGAUCAUUAUCUUCUUACAACAACAAUGAUGAUGCUAAUAAUUUAAGUGGCGUGAAAUCAAAAUUUUUGACACAAGGACUGUCAAAUACUUUAUUAGUGCCUCAUAACCUUGAUUGUUUGAUAACCAAACGGUGCAAGUCUACUAAAAGACAAAAACAAUCUAGUAAAAAUGACGAUGACAGUGACGAUGAAGAGGAAGAACUUGAUGCUGGAAUUUCGUCACUGGUAGCUGGCAAUAAAAAUAAUAAAAUAGUGGUAGCUAAUGUCAAUUCAAUGAGAAUUGAUGCUGUAGUUAAAGCUGGAAUGGGUAUACCACGCAAUCAAGCCGAAACAGCAUUCUAUGAAAGUAAAUUACGUGUUAAUGGUCACAAAGUGCUCAAAAAAGGUCACCAGAUCGGGCUUGAAGAUGAAAUAGAUUACAUUCACGGUCCAAGCCCAAAUAACCCUGAUUUUUUAUUAGUAACACGUUUGACUGUAUUGAAUGCUAAUAAUCAAGAGGAUGGAUAUAAAAUAAAAUUACUCCGUGAAAAAUCUCUGACAAUUGAAAAUUACGAUGAUCGUGUGAAGUCUUCUUCUGAGGAAUCGUAAUUUUAUUAUAAAUUUAUUAAAAAAUGUACAAAAAUAUACUACAACAUUACUGUGUAAUAGACAAAGUAGCACUGGCUUCAUUCAACAUCAUAAUAGACUGUAAAUAAAUAAUUGAAAUUAUUAAUAUAUAAUUAUUAAUUAGUA